CAGAAGAAGAACUUACCUCGGACCAGGAAGUGCGUUAACAGACUCGGUAUCAAAACAAAUCAGUACUAGCCUGUUGAUCAGCUGAAAACAUUGUUUCCUGUGAUCACAUUGACUCAUCCUCGUUUUGACAUGGAUGAAAUGAUCUUUAAUUUAAGGUUCACUUCCAAGCAGCUGGAGAGACUCGCUAAGAAGGCAGAGAAGGAAUCUGAGAAGGAGCAGGCCAAAGUUAAGAAGGCUCUGCAACAGAAGAAUGUGGAUGUCGCCCGAAUCUAUGCAGAGAAUGCAAUCCGGAAAAAAAAUGAGGGUCUGAACUGGCUGCGCAUGGCAUCCCGAGUUGAUGCCGUGUCCUCUAAAGUCCAGACUGCUGUCACGAUGAAAGCAGUAUCCAAAAACAUGGGCCAGGUGACCAAGGCUAUGGACAAAGCUCUGAAGUCCAUGGACCUCCAGAAGAUCUCUGCAGUCAUGGAUAAGUUUGAAAGUCAGGUGGAAAACCUUGACGUUCACACCUCGGUGAUGGAUGACUCCAUGAGCUCAGCAACCACUCUGACUACACCUCAGGACCAGGUGGAUGACCUGAUCCACCAGAUAGCUGAACAGAACGGGCUGGAGGUGAUGGACCAGCUCAGCCAGCUGCCUGCAGGAGCCACUUCAGUGGGUGCAGAGAGCUCACGCAGCCAGGACAAGGAGGACCAGCUGUCUCGACGGUUGGCUGCUCUGCGAAACUGAGGGCUCCUCCAGGAGAGGUGACGGCCGCUUACAGCUGUGUGGAAGCAGACGGGCUUAAUGAUGGCAACAGGAGCUGUGCGUGUGUUUCUAUUGAACUGUUCCUACCGGGAGGACUUAAUGAGCCUAUUGAUUACCAUCCCCCUGCUCUAUAAAUACACACACCGGCCAGAAAUACCACCUGAGAAGGCUUGAAUCUCUCCCUGGUUCACCUUCUUAUUUCGAUCCAUUUAUUCCUGUCUCUAUCUUCCCCUUUAAUUCCCCAUCGCAUCUCAUUUUACCCUCCCUCUACCUCCUUUUUUCAUCCCUCCUUCCUCCAUUCUCUGGCCCUGAUAUCACUGUCUUUUGGAUGUAUGCUAUGUAUAAAAAAGACAACCAAUCUUACGACUUGUAUAAUGUACAUUGAUGAAAACAUAAUAAUCAGUUAUAAUGAUUAUAAGGGGAGGGGGGGUCAAAGAUGCAUCUACAUGUUAUGUUAAGACAUUAGGGCUCUGUUAGCGGGAGGUGGUGUGACCGGGUGACUGAUGGGAGGAAGGAGACACAGACAUGUAAUGGGAACGAAUUCUGGCUCUAGGAAGUGACACUACGGCUACAUCCACACUCAUGCUUUUCAAUCUUUAACAGAAACUUUGCUCUGUUUAUGACGAGCAUCAAAAAUAACACAACAUUUUACACAUAAUGAUGUUUGUUUGAGCAGCAAUGAAAAAGGUAACUUUGACACCCACACACUCUUAUCAAUCAGGUCUAAUCCGUCAGUAUGAGCCCAGCCCAACCUGAAGAACCAUCAAUACAUGCUUAUGACCUUGUGUGUGAUGCUAGCUGCUGUUGUGCAGUUAAACUCUGCUUUAUUCUGCAGGAGACAAACUAAUAUCAGUGUGAUUUCUGUGUCUGGUGGUCUGGGUUCCAGAGUCAGUGCCUGUCUUGGGUUCCUGCUUACGCCAGCACACGCAUGAACGGUCUGAGGUCUACUCUUUCAGGCGUGUCAGAGAAGUGAAACAGUUAUUUGGGUGAAGAUCUGUGUGUUGUAAAAGCUGUUUUAAAUGGAGUCGUGUGGAGUCGGCCUAACAGAGUCUCCUUUCCUCAUCAGAUGCAUCCAAGUACAACCGGCUUCAUGUAAACCAGCGGACAGUCUGUUUGUGUCCCGCUGUCCGACUGGUCGUUCUGCGUUCUGUUUAUUCUGGUUUGCUGUUCUUUUGUUUCCUGCAUGUUUUCUUCUUUUUUUCAUUGCCUUAUUUGGGAUGAAGGUGAUUGCUUCGGUGCUUCCCUCUUCAGUGCCUGAAGGAUUGUAGAUCAGAGAGUGAGAGCAGCAGACUGAAAUUCCUCAGACAUCAAUCAGUCAGAUUCAAAAGGAGGAGCUUUCCGCUUCUCUUCCUGCCAGACGAGGCGGAGAUGUUUUGAUCUUGGUCUUCGCCAGCGUCACUUCAAACUGUCUGUGAGGAGUUUGUGUUUCUGACAUAGGUGGACAUUGUUUUAUCACUCUUUCGUUGUGUAAUCUCUUUGAGUUUGUGUAGCGUGCAGCUGUUUGAUGCUGUUGGUGUGACAUUUAAGGUGUUGAGGCGCUCCCACACCAACAACAAACCUCAUGCAGAUAUUUUUGGAAGCCUCUCUGUGUCAAAAUGAAUUAAUCAUCCUCUUUUGUCUCUUCCCAUCAGGGGAGACAUCAGUGUAUCCAAAGCAGGGAUGUACAUGCUGGACCUUAUUAUAACACGGGUGUGUUACUGCCCCCAAGUUACUCUGUUAUCCUCAUUUUCGCUCGCACAGUUACUUUAUGAUAUUUGAGGUAAAUCCAAAUCAGGUGAUAUAAAGAUGGAGGAGUGAAAUGUAUGCAGCUCAGCUUUGAGUUGGCAGUUGACGUCUCUUACUGGCAUCAAUGCCUCCUUUGAGCUGUUCAUAUAAUCCACCUGUGACGGAGCGUCUUCAUCCUGCAGACACUGGUUUCAGUUUUUCUGCCCAUUUUAAUGACAGAGGGUUUAUUUAUACAUAAAGUUUAGCAGCACUUUUGUUUUGUACAUUAAUCUUGUGAAAAUAAAAUCUUGCCCUCUGACGA